GAAGAGAACGCCCCGCCCCUUCCGGAGGCGCGAAGAUGGCGGCCCGGGGCCCCGCGGGGAAGAGGCUGCGGCCGCUCCGGCUCCCCUGGCUGCUGCCGCUGCUGCUGGCGGGAGGACUCGCGGCUGCCGGGAAGAUGAAGGUGGUGGAGGAGCCCAACAGCUUCGGGCUGAACAACCCCUUCCUGCCGCCCUCCAACCGGCUCCAGCCCAGAGCGGCGCCCUCCCCCAUCUCGGGGCCUGAACAUCUUUUUAGGCUGGCGGGCAAAUGCUUUGCUUACCUGGAAUCCACGUAUAAAUACGAGUUCUGCCCAUUUUAUAACGUCACCCAACACGAGCAAACUUUCCGAUGGAAUGCCUACAGCGGGAUUCUCGGAAUCUGGCAUGAAUGGGAAAUUGAAAACAACACUUUUGUUGGUAUGUGGAUGAGAGAAGGAGAUUCUUGUGAAACAAAAAAUAGAGAAACAAAGGUACUUCUUGUAUGUGGAAAAAACAAUAGAUUGGCUCAAGUAUCUGAACCAAGCACUUGCGUUUAUUCUCUUACAUUUGAAACUCCGCUUGUUUGUCACCCACAUUCUCUUUUAGUCUAUCCAACCUUGCCUGAAGCUCUUCAGAGAAAGUGGGAUGAAGUUGAACAACUGCUUUAUGAUGACUUAAUCACAAAACAGGGAUACAAGAAAAGAUUGAGAGAGCUGUUUGAAGAAGGCUCCCUUUUAAAAUCAACAAGAGAGAAAAAAGAGGACACUCAACUUCAACAUUUGGAAUUUGACUCUGUAGAAAAGUGCAGCAAGGAAUAUAAGCGACUUUCCAAUGAUCUGCAGAAAUUGUCAGAUUUACUAACCCAGCAUGGAAUUGCAUAUGAAACCGUCCUAUUUGGAAACAGAGAUGGUAAUCAUAUUCCGCAAGCACUCGGGAUGAAAAAGUCAGAUCUUAGCACUAUUUCAAAUGCUAACAGGCAUGGAGAUGCUGAAACUCAGGACAACGCCUUGUGAGAAAAUUGAAUUGUCCGCUUUUCCCAGCUUCGAGAGUCUUGUAUGUGAGGACAGCAAACGGUGGCUUGAGCUACCAGACUCCGCUCCUUUGUGGAUAAUGGCAACUGGAGCCCCAUUCAGGCAUCGCAAACAUGGAACAGCAAGAGCAGGAGUGACAGCCUUACACGUUCAACAGUCCUGCUGGUGCUGCUGUGGCCCUUCUUUUCUCAGUGGGACUUGGAAGAAUAUCUUGUCUUGGACCUUUGAAUAAAGAUCCAGUGUUCAAACAA